GGGAGUUUUUGGGGGGAUUUGGGGGUCUCUGAUCCCCUUUUCCCUCCUGCCCCCUCAGAUGCUCUCCCAGCUCUUCAUCCUCAGCUCCAAGGGGGACCCCCUGAUCCACAGGGACUUCCGCGGGGACCCCCCCCGCGCGCCGCGUGACGUCACGGAGCUGUUCUACCGCGGGGUCUCGGCCGUGCGGGGGGAGCAGCCCCCCGUGUUCGUGACCCUCGGGGGGCUGCACUUUGCCCACGUCAGGCACGGGGGGCUCUUCUUUGGGGCCACCGUGAGCGACGCCUCCCCCUUCACCGUCAUCGAGUUCCUCAACAGGCUGGUGACGCUGCUGCGGGAUUUCUGCGGGCCCCUGAGCGAGAAAAGCCUCGGCACGAACCUGGGGCUGGUGGGGGAGCUGCUGGAGGAACUGGUGGACUUCGGGCACAUCCAGAGCACGAGCGCCGAGGUGCUGCGCAGCCUGGUGCACUCGGAGCCCGAGAGCCCCAAAACCUUCAGCCUGCUCGACCUGGGCUCCGUGGGGCUGUUCGGGGCGGAGACGCAGCAGAGCCGGGUGGUGCCGGGGGGGGCGGCCAGCAGACCCCUGCCCCCGCCCAGGGGGGACCAGGUGGGAGCCAAAACCCCCAAAACCCCCCAAAACCCCCAAAACCCCCAAAACCCCCAAAACCCCCAAAAUUCCGCCCAAAAAACCCCAAAAACCCCAAAAAUGACCCCAAAAACCCAAAAACCGACCCCAAUUCGGGUUUCUCGCCCCAAAAAAACCCCGAAAUUGGGAUUUUUUGGGGCAGGGGACGCCCUGAAGGUCGACGUGCAGGGCGAGAUCCGCCUCAAGUCCUACCUGCCCCCCUGCACUGAGGUGCGGAUCGGCCUCACGGAGGAAUUUUGUGUGGGAAAAUCGGAGCUGAGGGGCUACGGCACGCCGGUGCGGGUGGACGAGGUUUCCUUCCCACAGCUCCGUGCGCCUCGACGAGUUCGGCUCCGGCCCGCGUGCUCAGGGUCACCCCCCAACCCCGGGGAGAUGACGCUGAUGCAGUACCAGGUGCUGGAGGAGCUGCCGGCCCCGCUGCCCUUCCGCCUCUUCCCCUCCCUGCACACCGACGCCUCGGGCAGGAUCCGCCUUUAUCUGAAGCUGCGCUGUGACCUCCCCCCCAAAAACCAAGCCGUCAACGUCCGCCUGCAGCUCCCGGUGCCCAAAGGCGUCUCCAGCCUCUCCCAGGAGCUGAGCAGCCCCGACCAGGCGGCCGAGCUGGAUUUGGGCUCGCGCAGCAUCCGCUGGGAAAUCCCCAAAAUCCAGGGCGGCUCCCAGCUCUCCGCCCUCUUCAAGAAUCCCCCAAAAAUUCACAAAAAUUCCCAAAAAUCAGCACAAAAAUCCUCAAAAAUUAAAAGAAAUCCAAAAAAAUCCUCCCCAAAAAGCCUUAAAAAUGGCCAUAAAAUCCCAAAAAAUUGUGGGAAGAUCCCUUUAAAAUCCCCCCCAAAAAUAAUAAAAGAAAUCCCUAAAAAUUGCCAAAACCCCCCACCAAAAUCCUGGAGAAAUCCCAAAAAAAUCCCUCCAAAAAUUCCCCAAAUAUCCAAAUUUAUCCCAAAAUCCCCAAAAUCCAGGGGGGUCGCAGCUCUCCGCCCUCUUCAAGCUGGAGGUUCCUUCCCUGGGCCCGUCGUGGCGGCUGGAGCUGGGCCCUGCGCACGGCUCCUUCCAGCUCCCGUCCCACUCCUGCUCGGGCUGCGCGUGCGCUUCCUGCGGCUCUCGGGGCCGCCGGGGCAGCGCUGGGUGCGCUACCUGAGCCACAGCGACAGCUACGUCCUGCGCCUCUGACACAGCCGCGGGCCCAAACUGCCCGGAAUGCCAGAGAAAUUCCCCAGAAACUCCAGAGAAAUUCCAGCGAAAUUCCCCAAAUAAACGGUGCCGAAACGG